GCUUUACACACGCGGAGUCGGAUCGCACGGGUGGUCAUUAGGUAGCUAGCUGGCUAGCAAGGUGACUGUCUGAGCAUGGCGCCAAGAGGCAAUAGUAAGCAACAGUCGGAAGAAGACCUCCUGCUACAAGACUUUAGCAGGAACCUCACCUUCAAAUCUUCGAUACUUUUCUACGGCAAUGCCCUCAUCGUCUCCGCUUUGCCCAUAUGGCUCUACUGGAGGAUAUGGCAUAUGGACCUUGUCCAGUCUGCAGUUCUCUACAGCGUCAUGACCCUCAUCAGCACAUACCUGGUUGCCUUAGCUUACAAGAAUGUCAAAUUUGUCCUCAAACACAAAAUCGCCCAGAAACGGGAAGAUGCCAUUUCCUAUGAGGUAAUCCGCAAGCUGUCGGAGGCAGACAACAGGAAAAUGUCCCGCAAGGAGAAGGAUGACAGGAUCUUGUGGAAGAAGAAUGAGGUGGCGGACUAUGAGGCCACAACUUUCUCUAUUUUCUACAACAACGCCCUCUACCUCAUCCUCAUCAUUGUUGCCUCUUUCUUCUUGCUGAAGAACUUCAACCCCACUGUGAACUACAUCCUGUCUAUCAGUACUGCAUCUGGACUCAUUGCCCUGCUGUCCACUGGCUCCAAGUGAGCCCAGAGGGAAUUUGUUCUGAAAGUUGAGGGUUAGGAGAGAGGGGAUUUCUUUUUUGGGGGGAGGGAUGGGUGUGGGUGUGGGUGGGGGUGCUGAGCUUGGAUUC